CACGUCAAUUUUCCAGAUAUUAUUUCGAAGCUUCAUUCAGAAAACCUUGUUUAUUUACGUUUGGACUAACGAUCAGAGAUCAGCUGUUGUGUCAAACAGUUCCCAGAACCUUUAUAUUGGCAAAGACCUUCGAUCGAAUUCGUACGCUGUACUCUCGACUAACAUUCACUUGUCGUAAACAUGGAUGCAGAUUGCAGAAGAACGAUGAGCUUCCCAGAGAAACAGGAUAAUAUAACGAAGGAAGAAUGGAUGGCCAAGCUGGAGAAGAACUACACGCAACGCGCCUCAAUGAACGAUUUAAUUAUGAAUUAUUUGGUCACAGAAGGAUUCAAGGAAGCUGCGGAGAAGUUUCAACAGGAAUCUGGAGUGGAGCCUACAGUGGAUUUAAGUUCUCUGGAUAAUAGGAUUCGCAUCAGAGAAGCUAUUCAAAAUGGAAAUAUUCAGAAGGCGACGGAACUCGUGAACCAGCUGCAUCCAGAAUUGUUGGAUAACGACAGACAUCUGUAUUUUCGUCUGCAGCAGCUGCAUUUGAUCGAGUUAAUUCGUACAGGAAAAGUGGAAGAAGCUUUACAGUUUGCUCAAGAUAGGUUGAGUGAAGCUGGAGAGUCAAACAACAACAUAUUGUGUGAAUUGGAGCGUACUUUAGCUCUGCUGGCUUUUGAUGAGCCUCACAAAAGUCCUUACAGUGAUCUGCUUCAUCCAACUCACAGACAAAAGAUAGCAAGUGAUUUGAAUGCUGCCAUAUUGAAGAUGGAGUACAAAGAAUCAACUAGCCCACGUUUAAAUAACUUGCUCAAGAUGAUACUUUGGGCACAGGAUGAGUUAGAUAAGAAGAAAGUGAAAUAUCCCAAAAUGACUGACUUAGGUAAUGCCACGAUUGAAAGUCCAAAGUAAUCUUGAUGAGGCAAAGUACAGCACAAUGUGAAUUUAUUUAUUAGCAAGAAAAGAAAAGAUCUUGCGUCUGUAUUAUAUUAGUGAUUAACACACGAACAGGACAUAGAAAAAUGGAAUAGAUUUGACAUCCAUUUAAAAUAGUUAAUAAUUAUUUUCUAUAAGAAAUGCGUGUAAAAUUUCGAUUAUGUAUUUAAAUGCAAAUUAAGAGAAAGAGAGCUAGAGUGAGAGGGUGAUGGAGGGGGAGGGGGGAGAGAGAGAGAGAAGAAUGCACUGAUUAAUAACAGCUUCGUGAUUUUUAACAUUGCAGACAGAGUCAUUGUACAAGUUCGUUACCAGCUUGUAAAAAAUUUACUGAUAUUUUUAAAAUAACACGCGUACACAAGAAACGGACCACCUUAAUAUCUGUGCAAUAUAUACGCGACACGAGGUCGUUGAGGUAAUUUUAACGCCACUUAAUCAUAAGCUACAUUACAUUACAGUAGGAAACAUUUAACAACGUCGAUGGUGUAGUGGUUAGUUUAACGUAGAGAGGAGUACUAAUAAGAAGUAAUAUAGUUUAAA